GGAGUACACGAAGUUCUUGCGCCGGGAUCUCAUUUUUAUUUUUUGUAGAGCUGGAGUACUUGUCUUCCGCAGUCGCAUUUCGGUAAGUCAAGGUCUUGUACAGUCGUGAAGUCGAGCGAGGUGGAAUUGGUUUAGCACACAUUCGAAAUGAUCCUUCGGAGUAAAAACGGGCAUGAAGAUCUCUGCGAGGAACAUCAAACGUUUUAAUUGCUCGUGGAAAAAGGGACAAAGGCGUUCCUCGCUUCUCCAAAGAUGGUUCAUCUUUCUGCGCGUCGCGCAGUUUCUGGUGCGCAGCACCUUCGGCGCAAUGAGCGGGGCCGGGCGAGAAGAGGAUCAUCGGGGGGUGGAGGGGGCACGACAGCAUGGUGUGAAGAAAACAAAACCGUUGUUCCGCACUCCGACCCCCUGUCUCCGCACCGGAUCCGGCGACCUAGAGUACGGCAUUAACCCGUUGGAAAGCGCGCUUGAUGGGUCGAGAGUGUUCAAACACCACGAAAUUUUCUGCCACUUUCCCCCCUUCGUCGCGCCAGCGAACCGCACUAUUCUGUACGAGUUCAGCGGCCUCAAGGUCCCCGUCCGCUUCGACUGCGCGAACCAGCGGCAGUGGCACGUCUGGGGCACGUUCGAUUUGGGCGUGAAGGCGUAUAGAACCUCUGAUGGGGUGUUGCUCACGGAGCAGCAAGCGCGGAGCCGGCACUUUGAGAACUUCCGGGACGUGCCCGGGUUGACCAACAUGUUUGCUUCCGGGGACAGCACUACAAGCAGUCUCACGUUCGCCGAGAUGUUCCCCCCCUACACCUACUACGCGCAGAGCAUGGACCGGCGGUACCAGUGUCACGUGCACGCGGCCAUGCUCCAGGCGUUCAUGCCAGUCUACCAAGUGCCGCUGCCGGUGAUGGACGAGGAGUACGACGAGCAUGUGCAGGUGUACCAAAGCGUCUGGGAAUACUGGAAGUCGCAUGCGGACGGGAUCAUAAGAACGACCAAGGUGUGGAACUACAAGAACGGGAGGUUUAGACGUGGGAAAGAUGUUGAAUCAAAAUCUCUUCAAAAUCCUAAACCUGUACCUGCUUCUUCAGCCUCCACUGCGGCCGCGAAGCCAGUCCCCCACCGUCCCUUCGUCUUCGUCGAGGCUGGCGGGCGCUGGGGCACGUGGGGGUUCCGCGCGUUGCAGGCCUUGCGGCAAUUUGCGCUGACUCAGGACGAUCAGGCCCCCGCCGGUGGCGGUGGCUGGACCACAGACGAGAGAACAAGAAGCGAAGCAGUUGUUCCUGCAAAUAAAAUUCCAUACCACAUAACGGAUAAAAACGCGUUUCUUCAUUUCUUCGAGAUGAACCCGAUUUUCUGCGACGGGAUCCGGGAGAUGGCGAGAGUGAACCACUUCCCACUGUCCACCCACAGGCUCCGCAUCUACUGCCGCCCCUUCAAUCUGGAGUUGUUUGGCUCGAUUCUGGCGGAUCGGCGGCAUACGCCGGUCAUCGACGUUCUGGACAUGGAUAUUCAGGGCGGGGAGUCCAUCCUCUCGGAUGUGGACAAAACGUACCCCCUGUUGUGGGACCUGAUGUGCACAAAGGUGAAAAAAGUCAUCAUCGGGACGCACAACAAAUUCACACACGAGGCAAUCGUCGAAACCUUCCUCGGGCGGAAGCGGAAAAGUUAUGAAGUGGGUGCACCAGCAGCUCCUGUGUGGGAGUUGGUCGCCGAGAUGCCGCACCGCCACGCCGUGCAAGCAAACAUAUGGAUUGCAAAAAUGUCUGGGUCUGGAAGAUUAGAACUUGUCAUGCUAAAACCAAAUCAUGGAAAAAUCUGUGUUGCAUGACUGCCAAAAGCUGUCCUCUUUCGACCAAGUUGGGAGGGGGUUUCUCAUGCAGGAUAGGCAUGACAGAGACCUCACAGACUCUGUCAUGCUAGGUCCUGCAUUCCAAACCUCGUGGGGCAUGGAAGAUAUGCAUGAGAAGUUUGCAUUCUUCCAGACCCAGCCAUAUCUGCAUUUGAUAAAACAGCACGUUCAGCAACUGGAACUUCACGAUGGUGGCAAAAGCGAUGGUACCAAAAUGAAAAAUCCCCCCUCCCCAUAUCGAAAGGGAAGUCUGUGAUGCUGUAUUUGCGUACACAAAUCAGCUUUGUCUUGCAGUAGAGCACCCCAGGCAGAUACAAAGCCCGGAAAGGGGUGGCUUGAGGUAGGCACUUAGCAUGGCAGACGUCUGCCCCAUUGGCGCAUCAGCAUUACAAAUCUCCUGCGAAAUGCGGCGGAAGCUCUGGCUUUGCUCUCUUGCAAGACAAACUCGAUUUGUGACCACAAACCAGCAGCGCAAAUUUUCGAAAGUACGCCUUUUCGAUAUGGGGAGGGGGGAUUUUUCCUUACGAUAGAUGGCGAGGGAACGACGUCGUAAUACGGGCAGUUAUAUCGCUGGUGGUGAAACAGAAACAAGUCGUGAGGAUGAGGAACAAUUUGGCAUGAUCGCGAAUCAGGAUGGAGAACUAGUUUUCAGGAACUUAAACCUCAUCGGGAAGUGAGACGAGCACGAGAAAUAAAACGAAAGGUGCAAUAAAGCAUGGGACUGCCACUGUGCGGGCAAAGAAUUCAUCAUCUGCAGAACAGGUCUAAGCUUCUACUUCGCAAGGAACUCCGGCUAAUAUUCCGCUCAUGGAUGAUCUGAU